UCAAUUCCGUUCCCUAGACAAACGGGGCCUAACCGAAGAGCACUGCAUCGGUUACUUACUGAUAAACUAGGGUUUUUCUCUCAUCUUCAGCCCAACCUGCGUUUUCCAAAUCGCAGACAGAAAUCUCUUCGUUCCCAUCAAUGGUUGGAACCCUUGAAAUCGGAGCUGUACCUUUCAAUCCAGAUGGAUGGGGUCCACCUGACGCCGCCGCCAGCAAUCUCCCGGUGAAUGUACCCUACGCCCCAUUCUCUCGCUCAGACAAACUUGGUCGAAUUGCUGACUGGACCCGCAACUUCAACAACCCUACACGACCCAAGAACCCGGCUGACGCCGUAUUCGACUUCACCAUCGACGAUUCCUUCCCCGCCUCUGCCGACGAUGAUUCCUCCUUCCGCCUCGUCGACGGAAAGCCCCCUCCGCGACCCAAGUUUGGUCCCAGAUGGCGGUUCCAGCAGCAACGGCAGCUUCCUCAACGACGUGACGAGGAGGUGGAGGCCCGAAAACGUGAGGCUGAGAAGGAGAGGGCACGCCGCGACCGUCUCUACCAUCUCAAUAGAUCCAACGCGAAUAACACGCGUCGUGAAGCCGCGGUCUUCAAAUCCUCUGUGGAUAUCCAGCCCGAGUGGAACAUGCUGGACCAGAUACCAUUUUCAACCUUUUCAAAGCUGUCAUUCGCUGUUCCUGAACCCGAAGACCUUCUUCUUUGUGGUGGGCUUGAAUACUAUGACAGGUCGUAUGAUAGAAUUACUCCCAAGAACGAACGUCGGCUCGAGAGGUUUAAGAAUAGGAACUUUUUCAAAGUUACUACAACUGAUGACCCAGUGAUCCGAAGGCUUGCUAACGAAGACAAAGCGACAGUUUUCGCCACUGAUACUAUUCUUUCAACGCUCAUGUGCGCACCCAGGUCUGUUUACUCAUGGGAUAUUGUUGUUCAGCGAGUUGGGAACAAGUUGUUUUUUGAUAAGAGGGAUGGGUCGCAGUUGGAUUUGCUGUCCGUCCACGAGACCUCGCAGGAGCCAUUACCUGAGGCUAAGGAUGAUAUUAACUCAGCCCAUUCAUUGAGCGUUGAGGCUGCGUAUAUUAACCAGAAUUUUUCGCAACAAGUUUUAAUCAGAGAUGGGAGUAAGGUGACUUUUGAUGAGCCUAAUCCUUUUGCAAAUGAGGGUGAGGAGGUUGCUUCUGUGGCUUACAGGUAUAGGAGGUGGAAGCUCGAUGAUGACAUGCAUCUUAUUGCGAGGUGUGAAGUUCAGAGUGUUGUUGAUAUGAACAAUCAGAGGUCCUUCCUCACUUUGAAUGCAUUGAAUGAAUUUGAUCCCAAUUCUGGUGUUGAAUGGAGACAGAAGUUGGAGACACAAAGGGGUGCAGUCUUGGCUACAGAGCUGAAGAAUAACGCAAAUAAGUUGGCUAAAUGGACUGCCCAAGCUCUGUUGGCAAGUGCAGAUAUGAUGAAGCUGGGUUACGUUUCAAGGGUUCAUCCUCGUGAUCAUUUUAAUCAUGUGAUCUUGGCUGUAAAUGGUUAUAAACCCAGAGAUUUUGCCACUCAAAUUAAUUUGAACACAUCUAAUAUGUGGGGAAUUGUGAAGUCGAUUGUGGACUUGUGCAUGAAAUUGAAUGAGGGGAAGUAUGUUUUAGUGAAGGAUCCAUCUAAGCCCCAGGUUAGGAUCUAUGAGGUUCCAGCUGAUGCAUUUGAGAAUGACUAUGUGGAGGAGCCACUGCCUGAGGAGGAACAAGUUCAACCUCCAACAGAGGGUGGUGAUGGUGGGGAGGCAACUGCCACAGCUAAUGAUGUGGAAGAUAAGCAGAUUGAUGAUCAAGCUUAAAUGGAGAUAGCAGGUCCAGAAUUUUUUUUAGAUUCUGGACAUUCACUUGAAAGCAGAUUAGCUUGCCCUUCCCCAGAUUCGUUGCACGGCAGCUUCGCUUGGACCAAAUUUUUGCAAAAGCCUUGGCUUGACUUUGAGUUUUUUGUUAUUUUUUAAAAUUAAUUUUAGGGAUGUUACAACUAUUUAUAUGGUUGCUGGGCAUUCAGGAACACGUUUGAGCGGAAUCAUAACGCUUUAGUCGUCCAAACCAAACUAGCAGUCUGCUUUUUCGAUCACAAUGUGUGAUAUGGCUGAUUGGUUGUCCUAAUGCACUCUGUCCAGGAUAUGUUGUCAAGAUAACCCCGCUAUUUUACGUA